AAUACACACACGAAGGAGCUGACUGUCAAGUCCCUCAAGCAAGCAAAGCUGCCGCGCCAUGGUUAGGCUCAAGGUCGAGUAGACACAACACGGACAGUUCCUGCCCUGCCCUGCCCUGCCCUGCCCUGCCCUGCCUGUCCUGUUCCAAAAGUCUCGUGUGGAUCGUGGUGCUCUGCACUCUGCGCCGCUUGCCCUACUAGCAUCGUCGCCAAGAAACACAGCACCGCUCCUCGCCAUUCCCACACACCACCAAAUCGGCUCCUUUCAGCAUGGCGAGCGACCAAAUUGGCCGCUUCGAGCCCAUGCCUGGCAUGCACAUCCUCUCGCAGCCAGGUCAUGCGGUCCGCAUUGCGGAUCCUCGCUUCGACAUUCAGAGCUUGUCCAUCUCCGCCACAGUCAGCCUUUCUCCAGUGGCAGAGACUCGCACGAGGCGCAUGAGCGGGCAAGACUUUUCUGCGUCUCUUCCUCCCAAGAGCGAAGCAACGUCAGUCGACUCUCCCACAACAAAUGGGCGCAGUAGGGUAUCUUCUUCCACUUAUCAUACCCAACCUCCCGUUUCAGCUUCGGCCAGCGCCGCCAAGCGCGUCUCACAACGAGUGACAGAUGCUGAAACUGCCCAAGUCUUAGAGCAUUGCUCAUCACAACCUUCGGCAUCCCCUUCCAAGCCCGAGCAAAACCUCUCUACUGCCCUGCUGCGAGUCGGCUCCUCAUCCUCGAGCAGCUCGAGCAACAUGCACUUGCCAAAAUCUCGUCCAAGGUCUGCCGAUAUUGGAAGUAGAGCGCGUGAUGCCCUCUUGGAUCUCGGUCGGGCGGCCAGGGAGCUCAGAGCACCUCGCGCUGUGAUGGGUCAACAUGCUGCACUCAGUCUCACAUCUCAGCUCGAAGCUGCACCGAACGGCAACUCGAUGGCGGCGAACGCAGUUCCGCAGGGCUUGGCGCAGCCCGACCAAGGCUCUUGGGAGCCGCCAUCGAGCAUCAGCCGGGUCAGAGUUCGUCGUGUCUUGCGUCUCAGGCCGACACCUAUCCAACCUGCAUCGCAGAUCAGUCAGCCUCGCUCACUUCGGACGAGCAUUCAGUCUAGGUUGGAAUACUCGGACGAUCCUGUUCAAGGUCUUGGAGCUGGACAACAUUCUGGUCUGUGGGCCAGGUUGGGCGCUCCGCCUUGCGAAUUCGUCAUGGAUGAGGAGCCUGGCGCAUCUGAGGAUGCCGAUGCGGAGGAAGAUGAGAUCGACCCGGCGCAUGACAGCCUGUUCCGCCUGCAACGUCCAAGAGAAGCGGCACACAAGCGGUGGUCUGACGCAGACAAGGAUCAGAGGGAUGUUUGCAGCCUUGUCGAGAGCCACACCGUCAAUCUCAAGGUGCGAUUGCGGUUCCAAAGCGCGCAUUCUGCGGCGACAUCAUCCAACAGCACCUCAAGUGCGGAGAUUGGUUCUCGAAGGCGCACGCCCUCCUCUUCUUCAAGACCAAAUUCGGCGCAUUCGCAUGCGCUUUAUUUUGUUAGCGCGGAUAGCUCUUCCCAACUACUGCACGUGCUCAACGCUGCCGACAACAAAUUGCGAAGUCGAGCUGGCGGACUGAUACGACCAGGCUGGACUGUCGUGCCGCAAGACGAAUUUCAACAGGAGCGAGAUCAAGACUUUGACGUCGAGUGGACACCGGAGCAGUUCGGCAAGACGGGCAAGAGAGCCUGCUGCUUCGUCGAGGUGGACGAGCGGAAUAGCAGCUCGCGCAUCUUGGCAGGAUUCGCUUUUUUUGUCGAUCCUCUUGCUCCCGCGACGUCUGGCAUUGCACCGACUCCGAGCCGGUCUGCAGCUACGUCGCCCGCUUCCGCGUCACGAAGCUUACCGCACGAUUCCGAUGAUCGCCGUCUCACGAUGUGCAAGCCGGAAAGCGAUCCAGUUCCAUUUCCGAGCAGUGAUCCGGCUCCCUCCGGUGCUACGUCGAAGGCUCUAUUGGUGGACCAUACCGAAAUCACCGUGGCUAACUGUCUCGAGGCCGAUUCGCCUUUGUUCAGAGCUGCGGUACAGAACCUAAGUCGACGGACUGCUGCGCUCAAAAAGCAGGCCAAGGCGGUCCUGCGCGCCACGGCUGAUGUCCAGGCGCACGCCAGCGCAUCGCGUGCGGCCCAUGGGGCUCUGGAUGAUGCGCUACAGGAUCUGUCCAUGAGCCAGCCUAACACACUUGGAAAGCUGUUGCAGCUCGCACUGACUCAAGCAAGAACGCGAGCCAGGGCGCAGGACGAGAGCGAAUCUAGCAUGCUAGACAAUUGCGUCACUGGCCCCGUGAGAAACCUGCUCGAGCUUUGUCGGACCGCACAAGAGCACAUCAAGCUCUUCGAAGCGGACAGCAGAGCGUAUUACAACCUCACGCAGAAAUGGCUCUCUACCAAGACCAUUUCGGCCGGCGCGAUGUCUGCAGAUGUCGAUGCGGAUGUGAGCUACGCUUCGAAUGCUGUGGGCUACGACAAGGGUCAAGCGAAGCAGGACAAAAAGGACGAGCUGCAAAGACUCAGACAACUCAAGUUCGAUAGAGCCAGAGUGGAGCUUUAUAGGGUACAUGCUGCGCUGCAUGGAGGUGCUGCAGAACUCGAGUCUGCACAACAGAUCCUGUUCCUGUGCAGGUGGCACGCCGAUACUGCGCCAACUAGCACGACUCAGCCGCGCUGGCCAGCUCCUGCGCUCUAUUCGGCGCUGGAAAAGUUCGGGGACGAAGCGCUAGCUGCUGCUCAGCAAGCCAAGGCGAAGGAUGUAGAGGCACGAAAGGCACUCGAUGUGCUCGACGCUCAGAUUACCGAGCUGGACGAGACUUUCGCUGGCGCAGCACAGGCUCCGGCAGAUGCUACCGAUCCAAGCACUACUCUGGGCUCUGUGGAAACCAGCAAGAAUGCAGCAUCGGCGAAGUUCAAGAGCCUUUUGAGCAGCUUUGGGGCCAUUGGCUCUACGGGUCUGAGUGCGGGCUCUGCUGGUAGGAACGCGGCGCCAGCUGAUCAAGCACAUGUCGAGGCGAUCGUGGACACGCCCAUUGUGACCCAGAUGCCGGACAAAGGCUCAUCCCUGUCAUCGACAACUGCGCAGCCAGCUGCAGCGGGGCCCGCAUCUGCAAGCACGUCUGCCACCAAUGCGAUCGGGUUGAUGCGCCAAAAGGUAUCGCAGAGGUUCGUCAAUGCGGGGCCUGCUACCACUGCCAUCACCGGUCCGGUCAUGGGCGCCUUUCAGCGCUUCCGAGGUACGGCAAGUGGCACUGCCAAUGUAGACGAGCACCUGACGAGCCCGCAAGAACUCUCCACGUCACUUCCCUCUGCGACGCCAAAGCAUUACAGCACGAGCGGGGCCAUCACUGCUCCCGCCGCACCUUCUUUGACUGCUGUCAGUCCGUUUGCCGUCGAUGCUAGUCCCAUAGGACUCGGUACACCCCGGGGCGUCAAUCGAGAUACGCCUCGACGAGCCCUGAGUCAGUCCAACACUCCUAGCCCCUUUGCCAGCAAACAAGGCUUGCUCGAUUUCAGACAAAGACUGGUAUCGGCUACCUCACCUGGUCAACAAUCGAGCGCGCGCACAACGCAGAGAGGCAGUCCGUCUAUGAAUCGAUCGUCGUCCGAGUCGACGCACACCGGACGCGGACUUGGAACCCUUGCGGGCGCAGGAAGGAGCACUUCUUCCUCAUCUGGACUCGGAAUCGGAGGGCUUGCGAUGGAGGACCAGGAUGUCCGCCAAAUGCCAAUGUCGUCAUUGAUCAGCGCUGCCCCUCGCUUUGGACCGUCUGAUGGCCUUCUAGCUCAAUCUUCGAGGCGGAAGAAGGAAGGCUUGCUUUGGGUCCACAGUAGACCUAUCAACAGCACGAGCGCUUCGGAUGCUCCGAGAGGCGUCAAUCGUUCAGCGCAUUGGCGCGAAGCGUGGGUCGUCCUUAGCGGCUCAGGUCACCUCGGAGAGUAUGCGGCUUGGCGUGAAAAGAAGAUCUUGGAGCCUAGUCAGCCCAUGAUCGAUCUUCGAUUUGCUACAGUGCGGGAAGCUAGAGGCGUGGAGAGAAGGUUCACGUUCGAGGUGAUCACGCGCGACCAGCGCAGGUUCUUCCAAGCUCCUGAUGAUGUGGCAAUGAAGAGCUGGAUCGCGGCUAUCCGCAAAGCGAUCGAGAGCUUAAUCAAUGGGACCAGCAGCGUGCGCCAGAUCGACAAGGUCGCUAGGUCAGCAGAGAUGACUGAAGCUUUCGAGUCUGUCUCUGGCGCGGACGACUUUGGUCUGGCGGCCCUCAGACCUCUCGGUCCUUCAGACAAUGGCAAUGCACUUGCCAGUCAGAGCAAGGCUUUUAGCCAGAGCUUGACGGAUUUGAGCAACAUAGCUACCAAUCGUCUGUUCAAUAGGCAGUCGGACAGCUUGCAAAGACAAAUGGCACCGGCGUCAAGUUCCCGCCAUAGCUUGGUCUCACCUCAAUCUCCGUCAAGCCCAUACCUGUCGGUCUUGAUGGAAGGCUCGCGCAGUGGUAUGCCCACGACUCCCACUCGACCUUCGCACGAGCGUGGCAUCUCCAACAAGACGCCUGUCUCGGGCUAUGUUGGCGCGCACGAUGCGAGCGUCGAAAACAUCACCAUCACGUCUCCUUUGCAGACGGCGGCGGGGGCUUCGCGUCAGUCUUUGCUGCGUCGCCAACCGACAGACUCGAGCGAUGCGGGCGCUCCACCUUGGAUGGCGGACAAUGAAUUCGAUGCGCGUAUCGCUGAGCUUGUGCAAGGCUCCUAUGGCGAUAGUACCACGGACCUGUCUACUGUUCAGAUUGGACCCGCGCCUAUGAUGGCUGGCAGCAGCACGAGCAGCGGUGCGAGCGGCUCGACUUCGACAAGCCAAGCGAGAAGAAUGAGCCAGGCUUCCAACCAUCGAAGAGCUUCCACGGAGCUCCAAUCUCCAUCUAAAAGGCUGUAUAGACCUCACCUAUCGACGGACAUGAGCGGUGCUAAGCUGCCCAGCUCGAGCGCGCAAGAAACUGCUGGGACGACGACGGGCAAUGUGCGUAAAAGAGUGGAACGCAUCAAUUCUGGUCAGUCUGGAUCCAAAGUUUCGCGCGCGGCGGAAAUCGCUCGAAUUUCGAGGUUGCCAGAAAAUUCCGCGUGUGCAGACUGCAGGCUGCCAGAUCCUCGAUGGGCAUCUUGGGCUCUGAACGGUCAGCCAUGCUGCAUCUUUAUCUGCAUCAGUUGUUCGGGCGUGCACAGGAGCCUUGGCGUGCACGUGAGCAAGGUCAAAAGCGUGGAUCUGGACGACUGGACCGAGGAGCAACUGGAUGCGGCGCGCGAAUGGGGCAAUGCGCGCGCCAACUCGUAUUAUGAAGCGAGUCGACCCGCUGGCGUCGUGAACCCUCUAAGCACCACGGCUCGCGCGGAAAAGACUUUUUGGAAGGAAAAGUACUGCGAGAAGAGGUGGGCUGCGCUUGGACCGCGCGAACAGUUCCUUGGAGCCUCUUUCUCGUCGGAAGGCUCUGAUGCCAACGCUGCGAGUUCGAGCAGUAAGAUUCGAAGCCCAAAGCGAACGUCUACGUCGUACCCCAUAAGAUCCUCCUCGCACGUCCAGACGCUCAGCUACACUUCGGGAAUCCCUUCGUCGGACGACAGAAGCGCGUUCUCGCAGGACUCGCCUCUGAGCAGCAAUGGCAUGACUGGCAUCCAGCUGGCAUCGACCCCUCGUCCUUCUAUACCGCCCAGAAGCCCAACCGUCCAGCGAGGCAUCGCCAGUCACAGUGUCGGGAACCAGCCGUCAGCUCAUUCGAUCACCGCGUCGCCCAAGACGCUGGAACGUACAGCUGCUAUCACUGCUGCUGGAUGGAGCUUCACACCCGAGACGACCCCGUCUCGAGAUCUCUCUAAUGGCACGAACAAGUCGACAGCUCUUGCGCACAUGGAGGCUGCACCACAAACGCCUACACGUUCUCACAGCCGUAGUCAAUCUUCGUCUCAUCGAUCGCCUCAAACUCCUUUGGCGUUGGCACGUUGAUCGCAAAGCGUCCUGUCCGACUUUUUUCUGCCGUGCCCUACGUUUCUGUCGUGCGCCCUUCAAAUUUCGAUACCUCUUGCUCUGCACUCAUACCACGAUACGCCAGUGCGAAGCUUUGCAAGCCUCGUCGUCUUUUCUUUGCUACCUUGACGCUUCGUCAUCCCUGCCCCUGUCUCAAUGUAUUCUACGCAAGUGACGAAGACAUGCUGAAUUGUGUUACGAUCGUGCAGAU